UCUCUCUCUCUCUCCUCUCUCUCUCUCUGAUCUCAGUUUUCCACAAAAGAGUUUCAAUAGUACCUUUUGGCCCUUUCUGGGUGUAAGAGUAGCUGCCAUGAGUGACGCUUCCCAUAGCAGACAACCGUCUAUGCAAAUUGAUCAGGAUGGAUAUAGAGAUCAAGAUGAUCAGCAGGAUAUAGACGGUAGAGGAUAUCGAUUGGUCUUACCAGAAGAUGGGUAUGAAUGGAAAAAAUAUGGCCAAAAGUUCAUAAAAAAUGUUGGUAAAGUCAGAAGCUAUUUCAAGUGCCAAAGAAGUAAUUGUGGUGCGAAGAAGAGAGCAGACUGGUCCACCUCGGAGGCCGGUAGUCUACGAGUGGUGUAUGAUGGGUUGCACAGCCAUUCCCAAUCCGAUGAUCAUGGAACUACUACUACUUCUUCAUCAUCAUCUAAUUCCAUGAGUACUAGUAGUACUACUGCCAACCAAUAUGACUUGUUGACACAAGUUUUUGGAGAUCAUCGAUCAUUAACUAAUAUUAAUUCUCAUCAUCAGCAACGUCAUGAUCGAUGAUCAGAAUUAAUAAUGAAUG